AUGGCGGAGUUGGUUCCUUUUGCGGUUCCCACUGAGAGUGACAAAACACUGUUGGUGUGGGAGCUGAGCUCUGGACCCACGGCCGAGGCCUUGCAUCAUUCUCUGUUCACAGUAUUCUCCCGGUUUGGCCUCCUGUAUUCAGUCCGGGUCUUCCCAAACGCUGCAGUGGCCGGUCCUGGUUUCUAUGCUGUCAUUAAGUUUUAUUCAUCAAGGGAUGCUCAGAGAGCCCAAGUGGCGUGCGACAGGAAACUGCUUUUUCAGAAAUCUCCAUUGAGGGUUUGUCUUGGCACCAGACAUAAGGCAGUUCGACAUCAAACCUUUGCUCUAAACAGCUCACAAUGCCAAGAACUGGCAAAUUAUUACUUUGGUUUCAAUGGAUGGUCAAAAAGGAUCAUCAAGCUUCAGGAGCUUUCUGACCUUGAAGAAAGAGAAAAUGAAGCUCUGGAGGCACCACUGGAGAAGCAAAGCCUGAAGUUCUUCUGUGCUUUAGAGGUGGUUUUGCUGUCCUAUGCCUGCAGGAGUCCUGGAGUAGGCAUUGCAGAGGAGCCUUUGGAUCAGCUGGAGGAAGGACCAUUAUCAUUCCUUAUGAAAAGAAAGAUGGCCCAGAAGCUUGCUAUUCAGAAGGCUUUGUCAGAUGCAUUCCAGAAACUGUCCAUUGUGGUUUUAGAAAGUGGAAAAAUAGCUGUGGAGUACAGACCCAGUGAAGAGAUUAGAGAUGCCAGAAGUGAAGAAGAACUACAUGAUAUAAUUCAAGUAUAUGAAGAUGAAAGCGCAGGGAUUCCAUAGCCAGUGUUGCCAUGUUUGAAAACAACCAGUGGGCUGAUGCAGUGGCGCAGACCUUUAGUCCCAGCGGCUUGGGAGGCUGAGGCAGGGGGAUCAGGAGUUCAAAACCAGCCUCAGCAACUUAGUGAGGUCCUAAGCAACUCAGUGAGACCCUGUCUCAAAAGAAAUAAAUAAAUAUUUUUAUUUAAUAAAUAUUUAUUAAAAAAGGGCUGGGGAUGUGGCUCAGUGGUUGAGCACCCCUGGGUUCAAUCCUUGGUAUCAUAAAAGAAAAAAAUCAAUGGGAUUAGAAGAGUUCUGCAUUUCAGCAUGUAUCAUUCUUAGGAAAAUAGGAAAACUCUGAAACUACUUUGAGUGCAGGGGAUUUAGGGACUUCCUGACCCCUUGUUUGAAGCUUAGAGAGCAGAAUUAAGACCUCUUAGAGUACUACUAGAGUUGUGGGCCCAAAAGAGGGGCUAGGCUCCCUUUCCAAGAAUUAGAGAAAGUGGGCUGCUUGAACACAUGUCCCAGAGAUUUGGAACAGAGUACGGCCUUAGGUGUGAUUGUGUUAUAGCUCUGAAUCUCAACAUCUCCCUAUACUCAAGUAGAAUAUUUUGCUGAAGAACUUUUCUGUAAAUCAAUUAUAUGAAAGCCCUUAACUAGGAAGUAAGUUGCCAAAGUAAUUUCUAGAAGAAAAUAGUUAUUAUUUACUAUGUAUAAAAUAUUUGGGGGAAGCGCGAGGGAGGAACUUAAUUUGGGGAUUUUCAAUUAUAUGACUCUUCAAAAAUGUGAGUUUCAUUUUGAAAAAGCAGAGAAAGUGGGUUGCAUUCUGAAACAGUCCUUUCUUAUUUCCAUGUAAAAUAGUUUUAGUUCAAUUUAAAUAAAACCAAUCAAGGAAACCACUU